AGAAAGACCAGUCUCACUCUAUAGCCGACCAACGAUGACAGUCAAGGAAAAGCAGAGUCGUCUCCUCCCUCUUUUCAAACACUUGACCAGCUUGACAAGGGAUCAGCUUCCCGUGGGCUUGAGAGAUGACCGCCUUAAAGAUGUUGGCCACCUACCCAGGGGCACACUUUUCUCUCUCUUUCACGCCAAGCAUCUAGAAGAAGCCACACACUUGUACGAAAUUCUUUAUGGAGCUAAGGACUUUGACGAUCUCAUGCACCUACUCGAACAAGCACGAAAUACUGUCAACGAGGGUAUGUUUGUCUAUGCCGCUACAGUAGCCGUGCUUCACCGUGACGAUUGCCGAGGAGUUACUGUCCCUCCAAUAGAAGAAGUGUUUCCUGACAGGUUUAUACCAGUCGAAACCAUCCGACACGCUGAUAAGGAAGCGGCUGCUCAUCCUGAUAAGGAUAUUGUUGUGGAGUUUGAGGAGACUGGCAAUAUUUUGGAUCCCGAGUACCGAUUGGCUUACUAUAGGGAAGAUGUUAGCAUUAACCGCCAUCAUUGGCACUGGCAUAUUGUUUAUCCCGCCACCUGGCGUCCAGAAUUUAUGCACAAAGAGAAGGACCGAAAGGGAGAACUCUUCUACUAUAUGCAUCAACAGAUGUGUGCCCGAUAUGAUUGUGAACGUUUAUCUAACGGAAUGCACCGUAUGUUUCCCUUCAACGACUUUCAUGAAGAACUCGAGGGAUACUCUCCUCACUUGACUUCCCUGAUUAGUGGUUUGAAUUACGGUACUCGACCCGAUGGCUUGAAACUUCAUGACCUUCAUGACGUCACCAUCCAGGAUAUGGAGCGCUGGAGGGAAAGAAUCCAUGACGCCAUCGACCUGAAGAUGGUUCAUGACCACCAUGGUAAAGAGGUUGCUGUUGAUGACGAACAUGGCAUUGAUAUCCUUGGUGCCUUGGUUGAGUCUAGUCAUGAAUCUGUUAACCAGGGCUUCUACGGCAGUUUGCAUAACUGGGGCCACGUGCUGACAGCUCGUGCUCAUGAUCCCGAGGGCAAGUUUCAUGAAAAUCCAGGCGUGAUGAGCGACACCUCUACAUCUCUACGUGAUCCAAUUUUCUACAGAUGGCACAGGACUCUUGAUAACCUGUUCCAGGAAUACAAAGAAUCUCUGUCGCCCUACACAAAGGAAGAGCUAUCAUUCCCAGGAGUUGAGGUUCUCAGUGCUACUGUGAAGGCCAAGACCGACAACGUUAUCAUUACAUCUAUGGUUGAGAGCGAACUGGAGCUUACCCAUGGAAUCAACUUCGGUACUGAUCACUCUGUGAAGGUGAAAUACAACCAUCUCGAUCAUGAAUCAUUCAGCUAUCAAAUUAAAGUAGAGAACACUUCCGGCUCCACCAAGCAUGCCACUGUCAGAGUUUUCUUGGCUCCCAAAUAUGAUGAACUGGGUAACCUUCUGCAUCCCAAUGACCAACGACGUCUCUGUAUUGAGCUCGACAAGUUCCACAAAGAACUAAAGGCCGGAAAAAAUGAAAUCACACGUAACUCCGUGGAUUCCAGUGUGACUAUCUCCACUCUACAUACUUUUGAUGAGCUGGAGAGUGGUGUUGGAGUGAACGAGAAUGCUGAUGAAUACUGCAGCUGUGGAUGGCCGAAGAACAUGCUGGUACCACGUGGUAACAAUAAGGGAAUGACUUUUGAACUCUUCGUGAUGCUGACUGACUGGGAACAUGACAAUGUUGGCGGAAAAGGAUCUGAUAACCACAUGUGCGAUGACGCUGUCAGUUAUUGUGGAGCUAAAGAUAGCAAGUACCCCGAUAAAAAACCAAUGGGGUUCCCCUUCGAUCGACGAAUCGAUGCACACGAUAUUGAGGAAUUCCUAACCCCAAAUAUGGCGUUGACUGAUGUCAAGAUCAAGUUCGAAGGUUAAAAACCAAUAUAAGAAACUUUACUGUGAUCUCAAACGAAUACAGCUCGUACUAUCAGUUGUAAUACUAAACUAAAAAUGACAAAUUCGAAAUUGAAAACAAAAUAAAGUGUUCAUUAUGAA